GGCAACAGUGAACUAGAUAGAAACUUAAUAUGAUUAUUUUCUUUGUGAUGGUUGCCGACCUCCUCCCUGACUAGUUGCAUCCCUAUAUGUACUUAUCUAUCACUCUUUGGUGCUUCCCUUCCAGUAGCGAGUUGGAACAUACAAGUCUGCCUUUUCUUUUGAAGUCGAGAGAGAAUUGGAGCUUUGCUCGUUGCAUGCCUUGUAGCAUUGCAGAUCAUGAGAGCCCAAAGAAGAAAGCAAUCAGAGCCGUUUUGGCCUUCAAUGGUGAUGAGGAAAUGGCUAAACAUUAAGUCAAAAUUGAAAGAUUUCAGUGAAGACGAGUUUGAUACAGAGGGCGAAGAUAAUGAUGGUAGUGACUCUGGAGAUGAUAGCUUCUUUGAGAUACAUGGUAACAAGUACAUGAUUAGCAAAUCAUCAGGAGAGAAAACAAUUCCUCCUUUGCGAAGGCUUCAGAGAAGAAAAUCAGAGAAUUUACGUGUUAACUACAUAAGUAACAAAGAUGUGAGGGUGAUGAUAGGAACAUGGAAUGUUGCUGGAAGAACUCCUAAUGAAGACCUUGACCUUGAUCAGUGGCUUUGUACCCAAGAGCCAGCAGACAUGUAUGUUUUAGGUUUCCAGGAAGUGGUCCCAUUAAGUGCUGGGAAUGUAUUGGGAGCAGAGGACAGUAGACCAAUACGAAAAUGGGAGGCUAUUAUCCGCCGAACACUAAACAAGUCUCAACAACCCAAGGCAAUCUGCAAAAGCUACAGUGCUCCACUAUCACCAUUACUAGGACCUAUUACUUCAGAGGAUGGACAUGAAUACACCAAACGCAAACCUGAAGAUGAAGCGAGGGGAAAUUUAACUCAUCUUAGAGACAAGCCAACUAGUAUAAGUGAGUUUAGUUGCAACUGGUUAGAUGUGACUAGCUCAUUGGACUGGCCAGAACAUCCACUAGACACUCCAUCAAAUGUUUUGGUAUCAGGUGCAGGGUUGAGGAGAGUCAUGAGCUUGGGGCUAUCUAGCACCAGCUUUGCGGAAAACCCUCGAGAUUUUGAGCUAGAGGAUGUAGAUUUGCAGGUUGGUAUAAGAAGACAGUAUCAUAGCUCGGGGAAUCUUGGCAUGUUAUGGUCUGAACAGCAGGAGAAGCUUGAUGUUUUAAAUUCGCUUGAUCGCAUAUCUGAUCUGACGUCAGAAGAAGACUCACCUUCUGCUAGCACUGUUGAGGAAUGUGCUACUCUUGGGAAAAGAGAAUCUUCAAUGCCUCGUGCAAAUUAUGUGCGCAUUGUCAGUAAACAAAUGGUUGGCAUAUAUGUUUCUGUAUGGGUUUCCCGAAAACUGAGGCAACAUGUUAACAACUUGGAGGUAGCUUCAGUUGGGGUUGGACUUCUGGGCUACAUGGGCAACAAGGGAUCGAUUUCCAUCAGCAUGUCUCUUUUCCAAACUCGACUGUGCUUUGUCUGCUCCCAUCUAGCAUCUGGCCACAAGUCUGGGGAUCAACAGAAAAGGAACUCUGAUGUGGACGAAAUUUUACAAAGAACAAGAUUUUCUUCCUUGUUUGCUGCUGGUCGGCCACAAAAGAUUCCUUCACAUGAUCGAAUUUUCUGGUUUGGGGAUCUUAAUUAUCGCAUUGACUUGCCGGAUAAUGAAGUACGUCGUCUGGUAGCUAUGAAGAGGUGGGACGAUCUUUUGAAGUCUGACCAGCUAACAAAGGAGCUAAUAAGCGGGAGUACUUUCGUAGGUUGGAAGGAAGGCUUGAUUAACUUUCCACCAACUUACAAGUAUGAAAGAAAUUCAAGCAGAUAUGUUGGGGAGAUUCCUAAUGAAGGACAGAAAAAAAGAUCUCCAGCAUGGUGUGAUCGCAUACUAUGGCUGGGGAAGGGUACCAAGCAACUCUCGUAUUGGAGCUCUGGUUUGAGCCUCUCGGAUCACCGGCCAGUCAGCUCCCUCUUCUUGGUCGAAGUUGAGGUGUUCGAUCAGCGAAAAAUCGAACGGGUUUUGAACUUCACCAAUCCUGGGUUCGUUUCAAAGGGGAAAUAUUACAUGACAGUUGAUUUCUGAAUUUCAGUCAGUCAAUAGUGCUGAGCUGGGCAUUGAAAGUUUCGGCGGUUCUUCCGUUUGAUUCAGUCAGUCAUGUGUGAUAGUAGUUGAAGAAACAUAGAGAGGGUCGCGGUAAGGAUUUGAAAUAUGUUUGUAACACGUAACUAAAGUAUUGCUUGUCAGAUUGUAUUAGCGUAUAUUCCCGAUGUGAGAUGAACUGAAAUGAAAUCCGGAUGUUAUCAAAUGUAGAUGUUUCUGCAUCGCAA